GAUCCCGCGUUGCAUAUUCAGUUCAGAUGAGAAUGAACCUCCAUCGCUCGCAGCUGAUUUUCAACAUCGCAUCCUUCUCAUGAUCGCUAUUUACAACCGAUCUGAGUGCUGAAAACGAUACCGAGCGCGACAUGGCCCGAGAUAAAAAGGAUAGAGAUAGCUGGGGUGCUUUCGUGGAUAAGAAUGUAUAUGACUGGAGCUCAGAGGAGGAGGAAACAGAUGGGCGGGCACGACCAGUGCAGGUGUUGGUGGUGAAGGAUGAUCACACGUUUGAGCUGGAUGAAGCAGCGCUCAGUAAGAUCCUGCUUGCAGAAGAGGUCAGAGACAGGGAGGUGGUGGCCAUCUCUGUAGCAGGAGCAUUUCGCAAGGGUAAAUCCUUUCUCAUGGAUUUCAUGCUGCGAUACAUGUAUAGCCAGGCCAGUGAAAAGUGGCUGGGAGAUCCCGACGAACCGCUGACAGGAUUUUCUUGGAGAGGAGGAUCAGAGAGGGAGACCACAGGAAUUCAGAUCUGGAGUGAGGUCUUCCUGGUGGACAAACCAGAUGGUAGCAAGGUGGCAGUGUUGCUAAUGGACACACAAGGGACCUUUGAUAGCCAAUCCACUCUCCGUGACUCAGCUACUGUAUUUGCUCUCAGUACCAUGAUCAGCUCAAUGCAGGUGUAUAAUAUCUCUCAAAAUGUUCAGGAAGAUGAUCUUCAGCACCUGCAGCUUUUCACUGAAUAUGGAAGACUGGCCAUGGAAGAAACAUGUCUCAAACCAUUUCAGUCCUUGAUCUUUCUUGUGCGGGACUGGAGUUUUCCAUACGAGUUUCCCUACGGACAGGAAGGAGGAAUGAAGUUCCUGGAGAAAAGAUUAAAGAUCUCAGAGAACCAACAUGAAGAGCUACAAAACGUGAGGAAACACAUCCAUUCCUGCUUCACCAACAUCAACUGUUUCCUUAUGCCACACCCAGGGCUUAAGGUGGCCACAAACCCACACUUUGAUGGCAGAUUGAGCCAGGUCGAUCAAGACUUCAUCAAUAAUCUUCAGGUACUUGUGCCGUGGUUGCUGCGCCCUAAAAACCUGGACGUGAAAGAGAUCAACGGAAGUAAAAUCACUUGCCGUGGACUCGUUGAGUACUUCAAAGCAUAUAUCAAAAUUUACCAGGGGGAGGAGCUGCCACACCCAAAAUCCAUGUUACAGGCCACAGCAGAAGCGAAUAAUUUGGCUGCAGUGGCUGCCGCUAAAGAUCUCUACAACAGGAAAAUGGAGGAGGUGAGUGGAGGAGAUCGCCCGUUCCUUGCACCGAGCGUGCUGCAGGCGCGUCACCUGGAAAUCCGAGAGGAAGCGUUGACGGUAUUCCGUACGGUGAAGAAAAUGGGUGGGGAAGAGUUCAGCCGGCGUUACCUGCUGCAGCUGGAGGCGGAGAUCGACGAGCUGUUUGUGCAGUACAUCAAACACAACGAUUCCAAAAACAUCUUUCAUGCGGCACGCACGCCCGCGACGCUGUUCGUGGUCAUCUUCGUAAUGUACGUGGCCGCAGGGAUCACCGGGUUUGUGGGCGUCGACGUCAUCGCAAGCAUCUGCAACAUGGUGCUGGGCUUCGCGCUCAUCACUUUGUGCACCUGGGCUUACAUCCGCUACUCAGGAGAAUACAGAGAACUUGGUGCGGUCAUCGACCAGGUGGCCGGAGCUCUGUGGGAUCAGGGAAGCACAAAUGAGGCUCUGUAUAAGCUGUACAGCGUAGCAGCAAACCACAGGCAGUUGUAUAACCACGCUUUUCCCGGACACCAAACCGCCCAACAGCCUGAAGAGAACAAGAAACACAACUGACUGCAUGCCAUUUCACACAGGCGCACUGUGGACAGUGACAGUGGAGCGUACAGUCAGAGAGAGAAAGAGACGGGCGACGAUGCUGUACUGCUACGAAUGCAGCAUAUAGCCAAAAACACUCACCACAACAUCACCCUGCAUUCAAGCUCAGACCCACAGACGCCAGAGAGGUCAAAACAUUGCACAUCAGAAUCCGACUUCGCCUGGAAUGCCUUGAGUGAUUCGGUUUGAACCUGCUGUAGAAAUUCACUGUAUUAGUUUUGGCAUUCAUGUCUGGAUCAUUUCACGGUCCGUUCAGUGUAAAUAAUACUGUUUCUCUCUCUGACAUACACGUGAAAGAAGUCUGUUCUUAUUUUGUAAUGGAUGUCGUAUGUUCAGUGCUAUUUAUAAGGGAAUAAAAUACUACAUGUUUAAAAAUA